AUGUUAGGACUAGGAGAUUAUGGUGAAUACAUUGGUCAAAACAAAGCUAAACAAAACAGUCAAAGCAAUAACAAUCAAAAUAGUCAAAAAAAUCAGCAAAAUUCUGCAAAUCCGAUCAAAUUUUCGCAACCACCAACAAUAACUCGACAAAGUUCUAAUAGUUCUAUUGGAUCACUACAAAAUUAUACAAAUCAAACUCCAAUUCAACCCGAUUCUCAAAACAAGAACGAUAUUACAGGAUUAUGGCGUGAUUUAAGUACCGACGAAUAUAGUAUCAUUGAUGAUGAUAGUGAUGCACUUCCUGAUUCAUUAUUCUCAUCACCAUCAGAUAUUAACAAUUCAUUACUCUUAAAACCUCAACAAAAGAUCCAGGAACCAGCACAAUCAAGCAUUCCUGAAGUUGAUGGAUAUCCAGAAAAACCACCAAAAAGUUCUUCUUACCAUUUCUUCGGUACUUUAAGCAGUGAUACUUCAAUGGAACCGAUUGAAGACAAAAAACAAGCAGAUUCCAUUACAAUUCCAGCAGAAGAAGAUAAUAAUCAGAAUGAAGAUGCAAAAGAAGAGCAAAACGACGAAAAUCAAGUUGAAAAAACCGAAACCGAUCAGAAAACAACUGAAAAAGAGAUUGAAGAGGAUCAUAUAAAUCAUGAAGCUUCUAGUCCUCAAGAAGAAGAGAUUAAACCAGAAAAUACAGAAAAUGAUCAACAAAAUAACGAUAAUGAUCAAAUGGCUGUAUUCGGAGGAUAUCCACAAUCAGAUACAAACGAUCAAAUGGCUCCUCAGUCAGAUUUAUUUGGUUAUUCCGCUUCAGAUUUUAAUAAUGCUUCAUAUCAAGAUCCAAUGCUUGGAUGUCCCACAACAGAUGAUUCGCAAAAUGAUAACAAUCAAGCAGGAUUAUUCUCUGGCUAUCCAACAGCCGAAAAUUACAAUAAUUCUCAACAAGACAAUUCUGAGCAAUCAAACGACACGCCUGGUCAUGAUGCAAACCAAAAAAACACUGACAAUCAAAAUUAUGACAAUGUCUUUGGAAAUUAUCCCCAAUCAAAUUAUGACGAUCAGAAUAAUCAAAAUUUCGGUUAUCCAACAUCCGAAAAUCAAGAAGAAGAGAACAAAAGUACGAAUGAAUCAGAUCAAACUGAAGAACCAAGUAAUUCUGAAGAAUCUUCAGUUUUCAGUACUCCGAACGUUUCUCAGAGCCCUUCAAUUGAAGGAAUUCCACCUUCUUCGUCUCUGACAGAACAAGAAAUUAAUUCCAAUUUGUCAGAUCAGGUUUACGAAGAAGAUACAGCUCUUGGCAUCGAGCCAUCAAAUAAUAAUGACAAUUUUGAUAACGAUCAACAACAAAAUGAUGAUCAAAGUCAAGAUAAUUUAUUUAAUUCCCCUGAUAACCAAUAUAAUGAUUCACAAUCAGAUAUAUUUGGUCAACCACCACAAGAUGCUUCUAAUUUAUUCAGUGUACCACCACAAAACCAACAACAGCCUUCAAAUUUGUUUAAUCCACCACCAAAACCACAAGAAAAGCCUCCAAGUAUAUUUGCACAACCUCCAGCUCCACAAAAGCCAAAAGGUUUUGCUCCACCUCCUAAACAAAUACAAAAUAGAUAUCCUUCUACAAAUAUUCCACAAAAAGAACAACAACCAAAGCCAGAAACAAGUACACCAGAACCUAAACAGCAACAAUCAACAUUAUUUGCUCCUCCUCCAAAGCCAGUAAAUAAUAUUCCAAAACCACAACCUCAACAAAAGCCAGUUCCACAACCUACUGUACAACAACCACAAAAGGCACAAGAAUCAAACUUAUUUGGCCAAAAACAACCAACUCAACAAAAAAUACCAAAGACAUCUCAGCAAAAUUCCAAUUUAUUUGGCCAACAACAGCAAGAUAAUCAAGAACAGCAACAGGUAAACAACUUAUUUGGCCAACAGCAACCAAAUCAACAAUCAAAUCUUUUCAACCAACAGCCACAAGAUAAUCAGCAGGAGAAUUCAUCAUUAUUUGGUUCUUCUAAUGACAGUUCUUCAUUGUUUGGCCAACCAGAAGAAAAUCAACAACAAAAUAUCUUUAAUCAACCACCAAAACAAGAAAAACAACCAGAACAAUCGCAAACUAAUGCUUCAAAGCCAAAUUCUUCAUUAUUUGGUCAACAAAAACCAGAACAAAAAUCAAAUAUCUUCAAUCAACCACCAAAACAAGAAAAACCACCACAACAAAUACAAGUUAAUGCUCCAAAACAAAGUUCAUCAUUGUUUGGCCAACAACAGCCAGAGCAACAGUCAAAUCUCUUUAAUCAGCUUCCACAAGAGAACAAACAAUCAGGAACAUCAUUAUUUGAAGCUCCAAAUACAAGUUCCAAUCUAUUUGAUCCACUUCCACAAGAUAAUCAAUCAAAUCUUUUCAAUCAACAACCGCAAGAAGAACAGCAAUCAGGAUCAGAUUUAUUCAGUUCUCCAAAUAACAGUUCUUCACUGUUUGGCCAAGUAGAACCAUCCGAACAACAAAAUAUCUUCAAUCAGUCCCAACCAGACGAAGACAAGAAAGAAGAAGAGAUGACAUCGAAUCUAUUUGGCACUCCAAACAGUUCUACAGACAGUUUGUUCGCAUCCAAAGAGAGAUUAGCUGAUAUCGCAGAAAGUGCUUCAAUGAUCUUCGGCCAAUCCGAAACAGAACCAUCUCCUGUUUCUAAACAGGACACAACAACACCAUCCUGGGCACAGCCAAUCAAAGAAGAACCGAAACAGAAAGAAUUACCAUCCUGGGCUCAUACUCUCAAGGAAGAACCGAAAUCAACAGGUCUUCCUGCAUGGGCACAACCAAUCAAAGACACAACAACUCCUGCAUGGGCACUUCCUUCUUCCGGAGCCACAUCAUGGGAAGCAUGGUCUAAAAAUGUGAAACACACAGAGAAUACAUCAGCACAACAUUCUCCAGCACCUUCUCCUGUUUCUUCUAACAAUCCUGUACCAAGUUUGAACAUUCCUCAAACAACGGUGAAUCCAUCAGCUUAUUCACCACAAACAUCACCACAAAGAGCACCUCCUCCAAACAAAGUUAAUCAGCCAUACAUUCCAGGAAUGGCUCCAACGAAACCACCAAUUGUUUCAUCACCUUUAGCACCACAAACAAACAAACAAAUUUUUGUUCCUAAUAAUGCACCACCUCCAAAUUCAUCUAAACCAUCAAUUAUGAUUCCAGGAGUUACUCCUCCAGUUCCUGCUCCAUCACAACCAACAUCAUCUGCACCAUAUAUUCCAGGAAUGAGUGUUCAAAAGCCACCAACAGCUCCUAAACCAUUUGUUCCUACUCAAACUACUCCUCCAUCUAUUUCGGGGCCUCCUAAACCAACUAAUUUACCACAAACAGUUCCACAACAAGUGAAUCAGCCACAACAAAACAAAACUAUGUAUAUUCCAGGAGUUGCACAACCUGUUCAACAACAAACAGAGAAAGCAAAAGUUGGAAUUUUCAUUCCAGGAUCAGCACCUCCAACUGUUUCUCAACCUUCUGUUUCUUCUCAACCAAAAGUGAACAAAUUCGCUCCUCCUCCAGCGAUGGCACCUCCUCCACACAUUCCAGGUGCUGCCAACAAACCACCUUCUGCACAAGCACCUCCUCCAGCCAAUAAAUUUGCUCCUCCUCCUUCCAUCCAACCUCCCCCUGCAAAUAAAUUUGCUCCCCCUCCAUCAAUUGCUCCUUCUUUCCCACAACCACAAAUGCCUCAAACAACACCAGGAGUAUAUCCAAAUCAAACUAAUACUGGUGUUUAUCCAAAUCAGUCGUUGAAUUUGGCUGUUCCUCCACCGUCAAAUUCAAAUCCACCACAACUUCCGAAUACAGCAAUAAAUCGUGGAAUAACAAGAUCACAGACAUCAGAUCAUAUUAAACAAAACGAUUUCUUGCCAAAGCCUGAUUCUCAGUUGACACAAUUUGUUCAUUCUACAUCACAACCUGUUCAGUUCAGUAAGACACAGCCAUUCUUCAAACACAGGAAACCAUUGAUUGCAAUGGGAUUUGGAGGAAUGAUGUGUUGUGUUGAGAAUGGAAAUCUCGCUGUCACAGACAUUAAAGAAGCGUUUGCAACAAAUCCAAUCAUCAAGCAAAUAAACGGCUUCAAUUUCAACAUCGACCAAGACAAGCAGUCGGGAGAGAAAUUCCUCAGCGAAAGAGUUAUGGAAUGCGAAAGUGCUGAUGACUCAAUAUUGUGGUCAACAAUUCGUAUCAGAUACAGAAACCAAAACAAAGUUGAUUCACAGCAAUUCAUAGCGAAUGCGAAGAUCCAAGAAUCCCCAGAAUAUCAAUUACUUGGAAUUCUUUCACAUUCAGGAAUAUCGAAUGUUCCAACGAAUUACAAUGUUCCUUCUAUUAAUCCUGCUUUAGUUGAUCAGCUCCAAAAUAUCAUUGCUUCACAAGGAGAACAAAAAGCAUUGGAAUACUGCAAACAAAACAAACUUUGGGAUUUCGCGUUAGUUAUUUCUGCAUCAUUUAAUAUAGAAUCACUUCGCGAAACGAUCAAACAAUUUGUUGAAACUUCUUUGUCUCCAUGUCCACUACAAAACAUUCUUUUGGCGAUUUCCGGAUUCGCAGGAAUUAACGCUGAUACAUGGAGAUCAAACCUCGCAACAAUCAUGAGACAUUUCACGCCUGGAGCACAAACAUCAUUGAUACAAAUGGCUGAUGUUCUUGACCAAGCGAAAAUGUCUCGUGCAGCUCAUGUUUGCAGAUUAUUGGCUUCGGAAGAAGUUAACGCAGCUCCUUCUCCAUUCUCUAUGAUUGGUUCUACAUGGGAUAAACCAAAUGUGUCUUCAAUUAUCAUGACACAGUUGUCUGGAGUGAAAGGUCCAGCAUUUCUUAAAUACAUUGUGAUAUUUACACUCGCUUUGGCUGAUUUUGGAUUUGCUGAAAGAGCUAAAGACAAUUUCGAUAAAUUGAGUGCAAUUAUUGCUAAGAAUAAUCUUAGAGAUUUGCAGCCAAUUGCGCAGUUCUUUGGUAGUUUGAUUAGCAGCUUCAUCAAAUCAUCACAGCCAAAGAAGUUGUCAUCUAAAGUUGAUUCAUUCAUCAGCAGUUUCGUCAAUCGUCGCGAUGACUCAAAUGAAGAGCAGAUGUUGAAUGUUCCCCGUCUUCCAAGUUCUAUUUCAAUCGAUUUCGUUGAACAGACAGGAAUUUCUCCACAAACAUCUCCACAAUCAUUACAAAGAACUGCUUUCAUUCCUGCACCAGAAAUGAAGCAAACUACAGCUCCUCCACCACCAAUGAUGAAACCUCCUCAACAAAAUGUUCCUUACUUACCUCAACAGGAUCAAAACUCAAUGCCACCUCCAGCAAACAAAUUUGCUCCUCCACCCGCAAAUCAGUUCACUCCUCCACCUGCGAAUCAAUUUACUGCACCUCCACCAGCUGCUAAACCAUUCAUUCCUCAGCAACCACAAAAUAACCAAUUCGCUCCUCCUCCAGCAAUUGCUAAACCACCUGUUGCUGCUCCAUUUAUUCCUCAGCAACCAGAAAAUAACCAGAACAACCAGUUUGCUCCGCCUCCUGCGAUGAACAAACCAUAUAUUCCUCAGCAACCACAACAACCAGAAAAUAAUCAAAACAAUCAGUUUGCUCCACCUCCUGCGAUGAACAAACCAUUCAUUCCACAGCAACAAACAGAGCAAAAGCCACAAACCAAUCAGUUCACUCCACCUCCUGCAGCACCAGUUAUUACUCGUCCUCCAGUUGUCAAUGCACCACCACAACAAGAGAACAAAUCAGAGCAUUCAUCGAGCAAUAACAUGCCAAAUCUCUAUGUUCCACAGACAUCAUCGCAGUCAGGAAUGGCUUCUUCACCGCAAGGCAGCCAAGACAUGACAGCAAACAAGUUCGCUCCACCUCCAGCGAGGCCUAAGAGAUUUACUCCUCCAACUUCUUUCUCUCCUUCUUCAUCAGCUUCUAAGUUCUACAUCCCAGGAGCUGCUCCAACACCUCAACAAGAGGAACAAGAAAAGAAAGAAGAAAACAAUGCUCCACAACAACAAACACAUGAAGAACAACCAUCUCAUCCAGCAGUCAACAAUUUCGCACCUCCACCGAUGAUGCCAAAGAGAUUCACUCCUGCUCCAGCACCAAUUGCAAAGGUUCCUUCUCAAGGAUUCUUCAUUCCAGGUGCAGCUCCUUCUCCUUCUGCAGAAGAACCAAAACAAGAAGAGCCAAAGCCACAACUCUUCGCUCCUUCUCAAACACAAUCUCAGCCAGAAGAACAAAACCAAGAACAGCAACAGCAACAGCAACCAGAACAAUCUCAACCAGAACAACAACAGCAAAGUAAUGAUUAUGAAUAUAAUGAUCCAAUGCAAGGCUCAGGCAAUGAUUUCAUGGAUCCAAUGCUGGGUGGAUACGACAGUUACAAUCCUGAUCCAAUGAUGGGUGGCUCUGGAAUAUCCUAUUCAACACCAGUAUUUAAUCCAAUGCAGCCACAACAACAAACUCCUCCUCCAAAGAAAGAAGAAGAUGAAGAACCACCAAAGCCAAAGAAGGAAGAAAUGAAGCCACAAGAAGCUAAACCAAAGCAGGAAGAACAAAAGCCGAAACAAGAGGAACAGAAAGAAGAGAAAAGAGGUUUCUUCUCUUCAAUAUUCGGAAGGAAGAAGAAGUCUGUGGAAGUAGAUCUCAGUAAACAAGACAACCAAAUGAGGUAUGACCCAGUUUUAGGAAGAUACGUUUUCGGAAAUGGAGAAACUAAUGAACCAACAGCUCCUCCACCUCCACCUUCCAUGAGCAGUAUCAAGAAGGCACCAAGUUCUGCACCAGGAACGGCUCCAGUUCCUGACGCAAGUAUGCCAAUUUCUCCUGUAAAUCCUGCUGCAAGAAGAAGAGCAACAGGAAGAUACGCAAAUAUUCAGUAA